AUGAGUGCUCUUUUUAACAUCACCGUCGAUGCUGCCGAUGAUAUAGGUGCUCCUGCUACGUCGUCUUCCAAGCACUCGACCACAAGCUCCAUAUACUCGGAGGGGGCUCUAUCUGAUGACUCUGAAUUGAAGCUUGUUGGAAAAUCGGAUCGUUUUAAAAACUUACUCAAAUUUCCCCACAAGAAACUGAUUCGAUAUGAUACUCCAGAAGAAACAGCUUACUUUAAUACGCUCAGGCGUACUUUGGAAACAUACCAUCGACAUCGAGACGUCAAUUGGGGUGCUUUGCUAGAACAAUGCCUUUUUGGUGAUAUUAUAGAUCACUUGUUCAAUCCUCGUUUUGAGUAUUCGGGAAUCACUCAAAGUGGUACAACUUAUCCUAUAUUGAAGAAGAAGGGCGAUAACAUAAUGUGCCAUCUAAUGCACGCAGACAAAAGCUAUGAGAAAUUGCAAUUCGAAGUUCCAAAUGUUGAGAUUCUGUACAUCUCAAAUGAAGCUUUGGUGCAAACACUUAAAGAUCUCUUUAAAGACUUGGGUGUCUUGGACCAAAUGUUGGAUUUAUACUCCAAAAACACAAACACCACUUCUGGUGAACUUUUGGUCGUGUUGACGACCUUGGCUCACGUUACAUUACCCAUGCCCUUGGCUCAGGCAAUGUUGGGAAAUUGGCGCUUGUCUUACGACAAUAGUGAGCCUCGAAGGGCCAUAAUGGCUAACUUUCGUAGUGCCGCCCGGUUUGGUCUCCUAUACAAUAACUUGACUAAUCUUGGAUACUUUAAUGAAGUGCUAAAUGAAGAGUAUUUUGAAGCACACGAAUUGAUUUGUCUCAAUCGAUUUUUAGAAAAAGAUUACAAGUCUGUGCUUGGAAUGUCUCUCUUUAACAUUGGCCAGUACCUUCAGAUGCACCAUGACUUCGAUUCUGCCACCGAUAUUUGGGAAAUAGGGGCCCAUAUGAGUGGUGAUACAGAUUGCUGUAAUAUGGCGAUUUGGGGCCUUAUGGACGGAUUCGGAAGCUCUAAUAUCAAAGGUGUUAACAAGUUCAGCUCAAAAUACAAAGCUUCCAAGUUUGUAUCCAAGCGGAGGAUAGCCCACUUGUAUCGGAUAUUAAUCAAAUCAGGCAAAUCGUCGGAAAUUGGAACUUCAUGGGUAUGGAAGCUGAAAUAUGAUUGA